AGAGUACUGAACUCAGCCUCUUGCAUCCUCCUACAUCAAGGUGAUAUUGCUUUGGUACAUAGUCCUCAAUAUUACAAAAUGUCUUACUCCAGCGGUUUUCAGAUUAAAUCAUCCAGCCAAAAAACACAAAGCAACCGGGGCAGCAGCUAUGGAGGAUUUGGAGGAUUCAGCAGUGCAUCCUUGUCCGGAGCUGGUUUUGGUGGAGGAUUGUCAUCUCAAAAUGCCAACUUCAGCUACUGCAGCUCUGGUUUUGGUGGGAGUGAUGGUCUUCUGCUUGGUGGGGAGAAGCAGACCAUGCAAAACCUGAAUGAUCGCCUGGCUGCCUAUCUCGAUAAAGUGAGAGCUUUGGAGCUGGCUAAUUCCGAGCUGGAGAAGAAAAUUAGGGAAUGGUAUGAGCAGCAUCAUGCCGUCAACAAUACACAAUCCCGAGAUUACUCUAAAUACUUCCAGGUCAUUGAAGAUCUCAAGAGCAAGAUCCUCAUUGGAACCACAGACAAUGCCCGGGUUGUUCUCCAGAUUGACAAUGCCAGGCUGGCAGCUGAUGACUUCAGAAUGAAGUAUGAAAAUGAGCUGGCUUUACGUCAGAGUGUAGAGACUGACAUCAAUGGACUCCGUCGUGUGCUGGAUGAACUGACCGUCUCAAGAUCUGAGCUUGAGUUGCAGAUUGAGUCCUUGUCUGAAGAGCUUGCAUUCCUCAAGAAGAACCAUCAAGAGGAGAUGAAUUCCUUUAAGGGUAGCACUGGUCAAGUAAAUGUUGAAAUGGAUGCUGCGCCAGGUGUGGAUCUCACUAAACUUCUGAAUAACAUGAGAGCAGAGUAUGAAGAUCUUGCUGAGAAGAAUCGCAAACAAGCUGAGGAGUGGUUCCUCAAGAAGAGCAGUGAAUUGAAAAAGGAAAUCUCCAUUGGAGUUCAAGAAGUCCAGACAAGCAGAUCAGAGAUUUCAGACCUGAAGCGGACACUUCAAAGUCUUGAAAUCGAACUUCAGGCUCAGAUAUCAAUGAAAAACUCUCUUGAAGGAACAUUAGCAGAGACAGAAGGUCGCUACUGCGUCCAGCUGAGCCAACUUCAGAGCCAAAUCAGCAGCAUUGAAGAACAGCUACAACAGGCCAGAUCUGAUAUGGAAAGACAGAAAGGAGAGUACCUACGGCUUUUGGACAUCAAGACCAGGCUAGAGAUGGAGAUUGAGACCUACAGACGCCUGCUAGAAGGAGAAAUCGGGUCCAUCAGUGUACAGCAGACCAAGUCACCGGCAUCUUCAGUUGACUCCAAAAAUGAUCCAAUCAAAACGAGGAAGGUGAAAACAAUAAUUGAAGAUGUCGUUAACGGGAAAGUGGUCUCCACUGAAGUCAAGGAAGUUGAAGAGAAGAUGUAAUGCAACAGUUGAAUGAUAACACAGACAUAGCCUUCUGAAAUGUACAAAGAGAUAUGAUAAUUUCAACUUAGUUAAUAAAAGUGGUAUUGAUUACAACAAGUUUAAUGUAUUAUUACAUUAGUCAUUACCAAAGCGGUCACUUGAAGCCCCAAUACAAAAUCUGUGUAAAGUAUCAAUUGCUAACACAGUAAUAACCCAAAUGCAAUAUGCUUUCAUUGAAACCAUUUUCCGUGCUCAUCUUAGGACCUUGCACAGUGUAAGCUAUUAAACUGAAAUAAUGACAGUACAUACUUCUAAAGUUAACAAGACUAAAAGAAUGAAUUUGACUUUGAAGAUGAUGUGCCUGUGAUCAUUUGACUUAA